UACCCUUUCCUUUUCUACCACUUGCUACCGUUGCCAUUUUUCUCCCAUUGCCGCCAUUUUUAUUAUUUUGUGAAUGUGAAUCAUAUACCUAUAUCUAGUAUAUAUGAUAUUUAUCACGGUAAACUGAAAAAAAGAACUCAAUAUUGUUUAAUUAAAGAACCAGGAUACUAAUAAUAAGAUUGGUGCGAUCAGCCCAGUUUAGGCGGCAGAAUUGAAUCAUAGCAGGCGGUGAUAUGAAGCGCGACGCGUACAGUGAAGACGGGCCGGUGCACAAACGGCAACGGCAGACAGACGAUGAAGUCACCUUCCUCAUACCUAGCAAGGUGGCGGGGUCUAUUAUCGGAAAAGGUGGCUCCAACAUCUCCAAGUUAAGGAACGAGUACAAAGCCUCUAUAACAGUCCCCGAUUGCCCCGGCCCCGAACGAGUUCUGUCGAUAAGUGCAUCUGAUAUCGACACUAUUUUGGAAAUCGUGAAAGACAUAUUGCCCAAUUUGGCCGAUGGAGGUUUGAAGGGUGGAAACGAGGAUCUGGACAUCCGUCUACUAAUACAUCAGAGCCGUGCAGGUUGCGUCAUAGGCAAAGCCGGUGCCAAGAUCAAAGAAUUACGUGAGAAGACGGGCGCCCGACUGAAGAUAUUCUCCAGCACGGCGCCGCAGAGCACGGAGCGUGUGGUGCAGCUGGUGGGCGGCAAGGACGCCGUCGCCGCCGGAGUGCGCGAAGUGCUCGACCUCAUACGACAGGUGCCAAUAAAGGGUGCGAUACAGAACUACGACCCGCACAACUACGACGACUACUACGCGGACGAGUACGGCGGGUUCGGGGGCGGAGCGGGCGCGGCGGGGCGCGGCGGGCGCGGCGGACCCCCCCGCACCCCCCGCGCCGGCCCGCCGCGCGCCCCGCGCCCCCCCGCACCGCGCGCCGCGCCGCCCGGCCCCCGAGGUGCGUUCAACGAUUACGGCGGCCCCCCGCGCGGCUUCGGCGGACCUCCCCCCCGCGCCAACUUCCCGGGACACACAUUCCCCGGACAGGAGACGAGCACGCAAGUUACCAUACCCAAAGAUUUGGCCGGCGCGAUUAUCGGGAAAGCCGGGUCCCGUAUCAGAAAGAUUCGCGCGGAGAGCGGCGCCGGCAUUGAGAUCGCGGAGCCACUGCCCGGCUCCAGCGACCGCAUCAUCACCAUCACCGGCACGCCGCAGCGCAUACAGAUGGCGCAGUACCUGCUGCAGCAGAGUGUUCAUGAGAGCAACCCGAAUCUCGGUCGUGGCAACUUCUAAUAUUUAAAGAAUAUUAACAAU